AUGGGACACAGCAGGACAAGAGAGGUUUAAGUCUAUCGCAGCAGCCUACUACAGAGGAGCAAAAGCUGUGGUGAUUGUUUUUGACAUAACAAACAUAUUCAGUCUACAAAAUGCACCAGUAUGGCUAAAGGAAACCUUGGAGAACAACAGAGAAAAUCCGUUGAUCUUCCUGAUCGGAACCAAAAGAGAUGUUGUGUCUGAAGCUACUUACCGUGUGGUUGAACGGCAAGCUGUUGCCAUGGCUAGAUCUCUGAAAGCAGAGUACUGGGCUGUUUCUUCAAAAACUGGUGAAAAUGUGAAGGAAUUUUUUUUUCGACUCGCAGCUCUGUGCUUCAACUGCUCUGUUCUGAGAGAGAUUGAAGCUCCUCAAAGGUCUGAGGUAUCAUCAGAUUUUGUUAGACUUGCCCAUCCAGAGGAACUGUUUGAAAGGAAAGACAAAAAAAGAUGCAAUGGAAAAUGUGCGUGAUGUUCUUUCUCUCUCUACUCUUGAUGUCCAGUCUGCCAAAGUGAACACUGGCCGUGAAGUUUUCAUGCACUCAUGGUUGUGUUUAAACUCUGUAUGUGUGUAUAUAUAUAUACGAAAUUAUUGCAGUCUUAAAAUGAGAGAUAUUAGAGAAAGACAUUACAGUAAAAUAUUUUUUUUUACGACAAUUCUGUAUUUGUAAUUAUAGUACAUGUGCAAGAAAAACUGAUUUUAAGGUUUUCUCUUACAAAUUUGUAUUAAUUCUGUACUGUCCUAUGCUAUUAGUUGUUAUAUAUUCAUAAACACACACACACAAAAAAUGUGAUAAAGAAUAGUACAAUCUUUUUCUUUUAAAUUACCAGAUUUUCUAGGUGGUUUUGUCGAGUAAAAAAUUCUCCUCUGUAUGUUGAAUUUAUGAAUCUCUGAAUUAAUUUUUUUUUAUAAGGAAUGUUAAAGAGAAGUCAUUUGUUAUAUAAUAUAUUUUUAACAAAUUUUGUGUCAUUAGUUUUAGACAGCAUAGACACUGCAAGACUGCAUUAUUAAUGAACUACUCAUGCUUUGUUAUGGGGUGGGGUAAUAUUUUGUCUCAGGAGUUUCAACUUUACAGACUUUCAUUUUGUCGACUGUUUUUGAUUUCACCCAAGUUUGUAAUUUUUGUAUAAUUGGUCUUCCAUGAGUACUUGUGAAUAUAAGCUCCAGUAAAGGAAGCUUAGUUCUUUUGAAAUUCAAGUAUUAAAAAUAUUGAUGGCAUUA